AUGACCCCUCCAAAGCCGAACAAGCCACUGUUGCUUUAUUUAUCGGCUGCACAUGAAUCUCUGGGAUGCAUGCUCGCCCAAGAGGAUAACAGGAUCGAAAGAGCGGUCUACUAUCUGAGCCGUGGGCUGAACGAUACGGAGAUUCUCUAUACCGACAUAGAAAAGAUGUGUCUGUGUCUGUACUUCACAUGCUGCAAGCUACAAUAUUACAUCCUGCUAGUAGUAGUGUACGUACUAUCCCAGACCGAUAUCAUUAAGUAUAUUAUGUCAAAACCAUACUUAAGAAAUCGGAUUGGGAAGUGGGCGAUCGCAAUGUCCGAGUUUACGUUGGUGUACGUUCCUCAGAGAGCAGUAAAAGGACAAGUGUUGACCGAUUUCCUGGCCGAUCAUCCUGGUAUCACCCUUAGGGAGGAAACAAUUAAUUGCUGCGACGUAGCCAUAUGGGAGAUGUGGUUCGAUGGGUUCAGGACUAGCCAGGGGGCAGAAUACGAAGCCCUGAUAUUCGGUCUCGAAAUUUUGGCCGAACUGAGGGCAAAGGCAAUUAACGUCAGAGGCGAUUCUUUGUUGGUCAUCAAACAAGUGAUUGGGGAGUUUAAGUGCGAGUCCGAGCUACUAGUAAGGUAUUGCAACAAGGCAAAACACCUGAUCAAAGGCUUUCAAGAUACAAGGUUAGAAUACACCGAGAGGGCUGAUAACGGUAUCGCGAAUGAUCUGGCUCAACACGGCAGUUGGUACAAGAUGAAUCUCCAGUUCGACGCAAUCGAAAGAGAAACGCCAAACCUCCAUACUAGGGGCAUCACCAUCGACGAAAGGAAAUUUUCGGCCUACCAAUUGGAUGUCACCCAGGAUUGGAGGACUGAGAUCUUAAGAUGGUUUGAGGAACCGGACCAGACGAAUAGGAGGUUAAGGACCCUGGCCCUAAACUACGUUGUCCUAGCGGGCGAAUUAUACAAAAAGGGUUUUGAAGGGCUACUCUUCAGAUGCAUCGGUCCAAAGGAAGCAAUAUUAGCAAUGGCUGAAGUACAUGAAGGGAUAGCGGGCGCUCACCAGGCAGGCCCCAGAAUGAGAUGGCUGAUCCAUAAAUACGGCUUCUAUUGGCCGAAAAUGGAACAAGACUACAUAAGAUAUGCUAAAGUGUGUGAAGCAUGUCAGAAAUAUGGCCUGAUACAGCACGUCCUGGCCGAGGAACUCCAUUCCAUCAUCAAGUCGUGGCCAUUUAGAGGAUGGGCGGUCGACCUCAUAGGAAAAAUAUAUCUUGGCUCGUCAGAUGGCCAUACUUUCGCCAUCAUCGCCACUUGCUAUUUCACCAAGUGGGUCGAAGCAAAGCCUCUAAAAUCGUCCACACAAGAGGCUAUGAUCAAGUUUUUUAAAGAGUACAUCGUUCACCGACAUGGCUUACCCGAAUCAAUAACCACUGAUCAAGGGACGAUGUUCACAUGA